AUGGCCAAUCUCGAAAACCUAGAAGAUGGAGAGCACAAAACUUCGAUCUCACAUACCACAUCCAGCGAAGAUAUCAUUCUCAAAUCAGAAACUCCCGUCUCAACCGAAACGGAGAAGAAAUCUUCAAAAACACCAGAAAUGCCGGUAUCAGUCACGGAAGAAGUGAAGAUCUUGAAAGGUGAAAAUGCGGCUUCAGAUGAGGAUGAAGAUCUGGAAUAUAUUUCUGGAUAUAAGAUUUUUGUUGUGUUGGCUGCAAUUACACUUACGAGCUUUUUGGCGCUGUUGGAUACUACUAUUAUUGCUACUGCAAUUCCCCGAAUAACCAACCAUUUCCACUCAUUAGACGACGUCGGCUGGUACGGAAGUGCCUAUCUCAUCACCAACUGUUCACUCCAACCCCUCUCCGGAAAACUCUACACAUACUUCAGCUCAAAGUACACGUUCCUAACAUUUUUCUUCCUCUUUGAAUUCGGUUCUCUCCUGAGUGGAAUAGCCGUCUCGUCCAAUAUGUUGAUUGUGGGACGAGCGGUUGCGGGAUUGGGAUCCGCGGGCUUGAUGAACGGUGCUAUUACUAUUUUAACGCAUUCGGUACCUAUUGAAAAGAGACCUGUUUACCUUGGGUUUAUCAUUUCAAGUGCUCAGUUGGCUUUGGCGGUGGGUCCGCUGAUUGGAGGGGCGCUUACGGAAUAUGCUACUUGGAGAUGGUGCUUCUACAUCAACCUUCCCUGCGGUUUCCUCGUCAGCCUCCUCCUCCUCUCCAUCACCAUCCCCGAACGACUCCACCCCACCACCCAGACCCUCACCCCCCUCCAACGAAUCCAACACCUCGAUCUCCUCGGCUUCUUCCUCUUCGUACCCACCGCAAUCCAAUUCCUCCUCGCUCUCCAAUGGGGCGGUACCACCUAUCCCUGGAACUCCUCUUCCAUAAUCGGGUUAUUCACCGGAUCCUUUUUCAAUUUUCUGCUUUUCCUCUACCGUGAAUAUUGCGCUGGCGACGCUGCCAUGAUCCCCUUUUCUAUUGGGGUGAGGGGUGUGGAGCCUACGUUGAGUGGUGUCUAUACUUUGCCGGGGAUUUUGUCGCAGAUGUUGUUUGCGAUUUUGUCGGGGUUUGCUGGUGGGUUUUCUUCUUCUUGUAUAUUUAUCAUCGGUGGUUGUUUCGCUGCGGUGGGCUAUAGCCUGUUAUCCACGUAUACGCCCUUUACUCCGGCAUCCAAAUGGAUCGGAUAUCAAAUCAUCGGUGGCAUCGGUCGUGGAUUAUCUAUGCAAAUGGUCCUAAUAGCCAUCCAAAACAAUCUCCCCUCCACCAAAGUAGUCAUCGGACAAACCCUCGUAAUCUUUUUCCAAUAUCUCGGCGGCGCCCUCUGUCUCACAAUCGCUUCUACAAUAUUUAGCUCGAAGCUCAAAUCGGGUCUCGCAUUCUAUGCACCGAGUGUGGAUGCGCAAGUGGUGAUUCUGGCGGGAGCAACGGCGUAUAGGGAUGUGAUAGAGAUGGAUCAGGUGAUGAAUGUGGUGAUGGCGUAUAAUGGGGCGAUUAAUCAUUGUUUUUAUUUGGCGGCGGGGUUGGCGGCGGGGGUGCUGGUGUUUGUGUGGGGGGUGGGGUGGAAGAAGAUUGGGAAGGGGGAGAGGAGUGGAAGGGAAGGUGGGGAGGUGGAGGUUUGA